AUGUCUUCUUACGCUGACUCCUGGCUUAAGUUCGAAGAGGGCAUCGGCGGUGUCCGCCCCGUUCUUAGGGGUACAGCAGAAGAGAUGAGAACCCAGUACAAUGGGCUCGGUUCUGCUCUCGCCUCUCUAUCAUCUCCAGUUUCGGAUACUCAGGUUAAGGUUACCGAAGGAGAUGUGUCUGGGAUCAAAUAUCGAAUCUACAAGCCUCAAGGUGAGACCAAGAAUUUUCCUAUCGGUGUCUUCUAUCACUCCGGCGGCUUCGUCGUUGGAAAUUUAGAUGCUGAGGACAGCUUUUGUCGAACCGUGGCGUUGAGAGCUGGUAUUACCAUCGUGAACGUUGAUUACAGACUGUCUCCUGAACACAAGGCCCCGACACAUGUCGAGGAUGCAGUAGCUCUUUAUGAAUGGGCAUAUCACAAUGCCGAGUCUAUUUCUGGCGAUCCUUCCAAGAUGUUUACCAUCGGUACAUCUGCUGGCGGUGGUCUUGCACUCUCGACUGCUCGCAAGAUUGUACUCGGUCAGACUACCCUUCCUAUGGACGCCAUCAAGGGUGUCGUCGCUCUGUGUCCUCUGACCUUGCAUUACGAAAACAUCCCAGCCGAGCAUCAGCCUCAGCAUCUUUCCUAUCAAGAGCAUGGAGAGAAUAUACCAAUCGUCGAUAAAUUGUCUCUUUCACAGAUGUUAGCAAACACAGGCAUCAGACCAGAUGAUAAAGACUACUUUCCCAUCCUGGAUCACAGUUGCCUUAAGCUCUUCCCGCCGACAUAUGUUGUCACUUGUGGCCAGGAUGCGCUUCGAGAUGAUGGGAAUAUUUUAAGUAAUGCUCUUUCUUCCGCUGGGGUUCCUACAAAGACAAACCACUAUGAGAGCAUGCCUCAUUGUUUCUGGAUAGUUCCAACCUUGCCAGAAACGAAGGAGUUCUUGGAUGCGUUGACAGGUGGAAUACAAUGGAUCAAGUCUAGAUUCUGA